AUGUCCCAAUUUGCCGCGGAGCUUUGCACGCUCCUAGUCGAAGAUAACUUUGGAGAUCUAUUUGGACGCAUAUUCGGAACCCUUGUGCAGUACGGCCGUCUGACGCUUCCGCGAAUUCGGGAAUAUGGCAAGAUCAGUCACAAGCAAGUGCUCCAUGCUCUGGCGGCGAUGGUGCAGAUGCACCUAGUGUACCAUUUUACGUCAUCCGAGGACGGAAUGACUUACUACGAAGCCAACAUGGACUCUGCUUAUUACUUGAUACGUACAGGGAAGGUACUGGAAGUGGUCGAAGAACGAUUGGGUCCGUAUGCUGCACAGGUCAUGUCCGCUAUCGCAUAUCGCGGACAUGUUCAAAUAGGCGACCUCGAAACGUUACCAGAGCUUCAGGUUCAGAAUCACAAAGACCGCUCGCUGAACGGUACCAGUCAUGAAAUCGAUAACCCAGAUUUCAAAGAAGAGGACGAGGGCGAAGAUGUGAAUAUUGAUGUCAAUGGCGAUGGACUCACCAAUGGGAAUCAUACUGCAUCCAACGGGCGUCUACACGCUACUCUGAAGUAUCUUGCUGGACACGGCUAUAUCUGUCGCGUGCGAGAAACUCACUUUCAAAGUCUAGCGGAUAAUACACUGGAAGCAGAACGAGAAGCCCAGAUGUCAGGAGGUCCGUCAGAGACUAAAAAACAAAAAGCGAACGAGAUUGAAGACAAAAAGAGGGAACUCCUGGCUAAGCGUUUGGAUAGCGAUUUGACUCGGGGCUUGUCCUCAUACGCUACCCAACCCGUCAAAACACGAUCAGAGACUAAUGGACACCCUGCUAAACGACGCCGAAUAGAGUCUCCGGGAGAUGGAAUAGAAAAUAACGAUUCUUGGGAUGAGGACGAGGAUCAGCCCGAGCAUGACUCUUAUGAUCUGGACGAGGAUGAGCCCAUGGAAUUUAGCAUUGUCGUCCGUGUGAAUUAUCCAAAACUAGACGUGGUUUUCAGGAACCGUCGUCUGGUCGAGCUUGCCGCGCAGAGCAUAUCACCGACUACUGCACAAGUCUAUGAAACGCUGCUCCGUCUUAUCGAGUAUCGAACACAACGAUGCCGGGACACGGCUGAGUUACCUCGCGAGGGUGAAGAAGGCGAGACCUUCUCUGUGUCCAUUACCAUGCAGCGACUUGUAAAUGAGAUUGAUCCCCACCUCGACCUCGUUGGAUCAAUUGGGCCAAACACGAAUCCGCAACUAACAAACAAAAACAACAAGCGUGUCCUAACGAAUGGCGUGAACGACGAUUAUGAUGACCACGGGACAAAGACCACCAAAGCACACGAUGUAGACCAACACCUUGAGCUUUUAGCACAGCCGCCAUACAAGUUUUGCACACGGCACUCACAAGGAUCAGUGCCGAACUGGAUAGUAGAAUACCGGCGUCUUGCGCGCGAAUUGCGCCACUUUGAAAUUGAGCGCAUAGUCGGAAUAAAAUUCGGCAGAAUAGCCCUCCGACUAAUCCGUAUUCUACUGGCAAAGGGCAAACUCGACGAAAAGCGUUUACAGGAACUCAGUCUUGUAUCCCAAAAGGACUUGCGUCAAGUCCUUGCGCAGAUGCAGGAAAACGGGUACGUGGACUUGCAAGAAAUCCCAAAAGAUGCACAGCGCGUGCCUGCUAGAACGGUAUUUCUAUGGUCCUACGACCCCGAUCGCGUAGGUCGAAAUCUCCUGCAUGAUACCUACAAAGCCAUGUCACGCUGUCUACAACGCCUCCGAUUUGAGCGGUCACGCUUGAAAGACUUCCUCGACAAAACAGAGCGUCUAGAUCUGAAAGAGAAUCUAGACAAGUACCUGAGCGACGCAGAAAAGAAGGCAUUGCACGAAUGGCGGGAGAAGGAGGCCUUGAUUCUCGGCGAGGUUCUCAGAUUAGAUGAUCUAGUUGCUGUUUUGAGAGAUUAUUGA